AUGGCGGCGCCAUCUGGACAAACCCCAGAAACCAUCGAGAUGUCUCUCAACCCAGCGAAACCCGGGCAAGAUAUAGAUGCGGCAGCUAAUAGCUCCACCUCUAGUGGGAGCGUUCGCGCUACGAACGGCGACGAGGAGCAUGCUAUGUCGGCGCUUGAGAGGAUCAAAUCGAAGUUUGGAGAUCGACCGGAGUGCUUUAAGAACACAUUCCAAGAGAUAUCCUUCAUCUUCCAAGCUACCAUCGCAACCGCCACAACAUCUUUCCUAUCCGGUGUUGCUCUAGUUAUCACAGUUCCCGUCUCUCGCGACUUGGGUAUGACACAGGGUGAAAUAGCAUGGAUCAGCGCAUCGACGUCACUUGUGGCUGGUGCUCUCCAGCUUGCCUUGGGGCAGCUAGCCGACUUGCUGGGGAGAAAACCCAUGUUCAUAGCUGGUCUGGCCAGUUUCAGUGGAUUCGUGUUGCUGGUGGCUUUCUCCCAAAAUCCCUUCUGGAUGUUGAUUGUCUGCGGUAUCCUCGGUGCUUGCUCGGCUAUGGUUGUUCCUCCGGCCAUAGGUAUACUGGGCGCGGCCUACGCCACCCCUUCGAAACGGAAGAACUGGGCAUUUUCGGCAUUCAGUGCUGGAAACCCCUUAGGAUUCGUGUUUGGUACUAUCAUCUGCGGCAUUGUUACUCAACUGAGCAACUGGCGUGCUGCCUUUAUCGUCCUAUGCGUUAUCUGGGCCCUUUUCACCCUUCAUGCGAUUUGGGCAGUACCUAAUGUCGAGAAUUUCGAUCGAGCUCCUCUGAAAGAACGCCUAAAAGCGCUGAAGCAAUUCGAUAUUGUCGGUACGACUCUGACGAUUUUUGGGACAGGCUUGUUUACUGCGGGUUUAACACUGGGUCCUGAAGACGGUUGGGCAAGUGCGCAUGUGAUUGCGAUGUUAGUUGUUGGCGUCGCGCUGCUUGUCAUUUUCGUCCUAUGGGAAAGGGUAUUUCCUCACCCCCUGAUGCCUCCAUUCAUCUGGAAGGACAGGAACUUUAGCUUUAUCAUCCCUACUAUUGCCCUCGGCAACAUGGGCUUUACCGCCAGUUGUUUCUGGGUAGCCUUUUUCUUGCAGGAAGUUAAGCAGUACUCCACCCUCAUGGUCGCCGUUCAUCUCCUUCCUCAGGCUAUCGCUGGGCUGCUAUGGAACGUAGUUGCCGGUCGCAUACUGCAUCGCAUUAACAACACGGUUAUCAUGAUCUUCGGUGCCACAUGCUACCUCGCUGCCAACUUGUUGCUCUCUUUCAUCAAGAUAGAGACUAGCUACUGGGCCUUGAUGUUCCCAGCCCUCAUUUUGAUCGUUGCUGGUGCUGAUCUUCAGUUCAACGUGGGCAAUAUGUAUGUGAUGCAGUCGUUACCUAAAGAUAAGCAAUCCUUGGCGGGCGGCAUUUUCAAUGUGGUUAUCCGCCUGGCUAAUACCGCCGUGAUGGGGAUUUCGACGGCAAUUUAUAGCUCGGUGGAAUUGACGCCCGAAGGCAUGGCCGAUCCGAUGCUGAAAUUCACCAGAACAUUCCAAAUGUCUAUCGGGUUCUCUGCGGCAUGCUUGGUAUUGACCUUUUUUAUUCGGCUGGGGACACAGGGGAACUCUCCGGGCGAGGAAGAAAAAGAUAAGAAGAGUAAUUCGGAGAACUCGGAGAUUCCAACUGCUAUAGUUAAUAGCGCAGCUGAAAGUGAGCAAGAAGAGAAGAAGUAG